UCCUCUCAUAUAUCAUCACUCACACACCAAACCAAAGUCAUUUUCCAACUUCCAAAUGGCUUCCAAGGUUGCAAUUAUCCUUGUCCUUAACAUUCUCUUUUUCACUGCUGUAACAUCCAAUUAUGUUCCAUGUCCUCCACCACCACCAAAAGGUCACAAUCACCAUCACUCACAUCCAAAGAACCCAACAUGUCCUAGAGACACAAUUAAGUUUGGUGUGUGUGCUGAUGUAUUAGGUUUGAUCAAUGUUCAACUAGGUAAGCCACCAAAGACACCAUGCUGUUCUCUCAUUGAUGGUCUUGCCAAUCUUGAAGCUGCUGUCUGUCUUUGCACUGCUCUUAAGGCUAAUAUCUUAGGCAUUAACCUUAAUCUUCCCAUUAAUCUGAGCCUGGUACUUAAUUACUGUGGAAAGGGAGUUCCAAAGGGGUUCGUUUGCGCUUAAUUAAUAAACCUUGCUACUUGAUAUGGUUGUGCUGUGUUACUAUAUAUUCGUUAUCUUUCAUGUGUGAAUUUUGUACUUUUUGGUACAUUUUCUCUCACACUAGUUAUUUGUUUUUGCCAAUGAGCAUUUCGUUCAUACUUUAUUAUAUUGUUGUCAUUAUUGUUGUGAUGAUUGGAAACUGAAGCAAGUGUCUUCUUUUUCAGCCUCACAAUUAUGACUAUAUGGUAUUUUCAUAUUUUGUACUACUCCAUAUCUGAGAGAUAUUUCUUGUAUUAAUACAAAAAUUACGUUUAAGCAAAGACUCAUGAUUCCUUCUAUUAACUA